AAAAGAAGAUACCAACAAUAUGGAUUUGAUUUAGAUCUUUCAUAUAUUACACCACGAAUUAUUGCUAUGGGAUUUCCAAGUGAGAAAUUUGAAGCUGCAUAUAGAAAUCCAUUAGUUGAUGUAUUACAAUUUUUUGAAACAUUCCAUAAAGGACAUUAUAAAGUAUAUAAUUUCUGUAGAGAAAAACCAUAUGAUGGAGAACAUAAAAUUAAAGGAGAAUAUGAAUAUUUUCCAUUUGAUGAUCAUAAUGCACCAGAAUAUCAAAUUAUUCCACAACUUUGUAAAGAUGUAGAUGAUUAUUUAAAAGCAGAUGAAAGAAAUGUUAUUGCACUUCAUUGUAAAGCAGGAAAAGGAAGAACAGGAUUAAUGAGUGCAUGUUUUUUGGUUUAUAUGCUUGAUUCAUUAAAUGCACAUGAGGCAAUUGAUUUUUAUGGAACAACAAGAACAUUUAAUAAAAAAGGUGUUACUAUUCCAUCACAACUUAAAUAUAUUAAUUAUUGGAGUGCAGCAUUAAAGUAUAGAUUUAAUAUUGGUGAACGAACAGUUAAAAUGGUUAAAAUUGAAAUGACACCAACACCAAGAAUUGCAGAUGAAAUUUUUGUGAAAGUAUCAACAUUUAAUGAAUUUGUAUGUGAAAAGUCUCUUACAAAUAAUAGAAAAUUAACAUUUAAACCAGCUAAAGAUUCAAAAAAUAAAAUGAAAGAAGAAGAUGCAUUAAAAUUAUAUGAUGAAAUAUAUGGAGAAUUAAAAGAAGAAAAAGGAACUGUUAGUACAAGAGAAGCUAUUUGUGCAUGGGAUUGGAAAAUGAGAUGUAUUGAAGGAGAAGAUAGAUUUGGUACUGAUGGAAGUUCAUUUCCAAUUGAUCCAGUUACUAUUCAUGGAGAUAUUAAAUUAGAAUUUACUACAUCUAAAGGAGGAAUAUUUAAUAUUUGGUUUAACACAUGGUUUAUUCAUGACAAUAGACUUGAAUUCUCUAAAAUGGAAUUAGAUAAAGGAUUUAAAGAUGAUAAACAAUUAGCACCUAAUUUUAAAGUAGUGUUAUACUUUGAAGAUGUUACUACUGCACCAGCAGGAGAACAAGAAAUGCCAGUUUGUCAAGUUGGAAUUAGAACAGAUAUUCCAGAAGAUGUUACAGAUCCUAGUCAAGUUCCACCAAUGCCUGUUAGUGUUGCAUGUGAUCCUAAUGUAAAUGCAGCCGAAUGUUUAUUAAAAGAAACAGAAGCAGUAGAAAAUCCAAAGAGAGUUAAAGCUCCAACAUGGUAUCCUAUUUAUCAUACAUCAUUAAAUUUCAAGAAUUUUGAAAGAGUAGUAAGUCAUAAAAUUCAAUUCCCAGUACAAAGAGAAUUUUUCAAUAUAAAUCCAGAAUUAGAUGUAGUUAAAGAGACAAGUAGAGACCCAUUAGAAGUAGCAAGGUCAGUAUUAUAUUCUAUUAUUCAAUUAUAUUUAAGAAGUGGAUUUUAUGGAAGAGUAUUAGAUUAUCAUAUUGAAUUAAUAAUGUUAGAUAAUUUAGAUGGAGUCAAAUUAUUUGAACAACAAGCAUCAGAAUUAGCAGUAAUUAAUUUAGAUAAUUUAAAAACAGGAGAACAUGAACCAUUUUGGAUUAAUGUAUAUCAUAUUAUGUUAUUACAUGGAUUAUUAUAUUGGAGACAUAGACCAAAUAUUGAAUUUAAAGAUAUGCUUAGUAAUUUUAAGAAAUUUGCAUAUAAAAUAGGAGGAAUAUGUUAUACAUUACAUGAGGUUCUUAUGGGAUGUUUAAGACAACCAUGGCCAAAAGAUUCAUCAAUAGAUAAAGUAGUUGUUUUUGAUGAUAGUAAUCCAAAAUCAAAAUAUGCAAUGAAAGAAGCAGAUAAAAGUCUUGGAUGUUUACUCUCAUUUGGUACAACUACAUCACCAGGAAUAUGGCUCUAUUCAGUUGAAGAUUUUGCACAACAAAAAGAAAUUGCUAUUAACACAUAUUUAAAUAGACAAGCAGCUGCAUUGGCAGCUAAGAAAGAAUUUUAUUUAAUGGGAAAUAUGAAAAUGUUUGCAAAAGAUUAUGGAGGAGAAAGUAAUAUGAAACGAGAGUUAUUAGCUAGACAUGGAGUUGGAGAACAUGAAAUUAAGAAAUGGAGUUUAAAGUAUCAACCUGAAGAUAGAGAAAAUAGAAUUAUAUUAGACCAUUUAAUUGCACAAAACAUAGUAGUAACACAUAACCCAGUUAAUUUCCUUGGGCAAUGUCAUUUAUUUAAAUAUGAAAAACCAAGUGUUAAAGACCCAAAGGCUUAA